GACGGUCAAAGUUCUAGUGGGUAGGAUUUGGUGCCGAGGUACACAAGAUAGCAGCGCUGCACAAACACAUAAACACUUAUUGUACACUGAGGCGGCUGACGCGGAAUUCCGAGCCGACGACAUGGCUGAAAGCAGGGACAAAUGCACCGACCAGAUGAAGCUGUGGAAGGAGAACCGCAGCUCGCAGCGACCGGACACCCUGACCACCGGCGCCGGAAUCCCCGUGGGCGACAAGCUGAACGAGCUGACCGCCGGCUCCCGGGGGCCCUUGCUCGUGCAGGAUGUGGUGUUCACCGACGAGAUGGCGCACUUUGACCGCGAGCGCAUCCCGGAGAGGGUGGUCCAUGCCAAGGGAGCUGGAGCCUUUGGUUAUUUUGAGGUGACGCAUGACAUCGCUCGCUUCUGCAAAGCCAAGGUUUUUGAGCAUGUGGGCAAAACGACCCCGAUCGCCGUGCGCUUCUCCACCGUGGCGGGAGAGUCAGGUUCCGCUGACACAGUGCGAGACCCUCGUGGCUUUGCUGUCAAGUUCUACACCGAGGAGGGCAACUGGGACCUGACCGGCAACAACACGCCCAUCUUCUUCAUCCGGGAUGCCCUUUUGUUUCCAUCCUUCAUCCACUCGCAGAAGCGCAACCCGCAGACUCACCUGAAGGACCCUGACAUGGUGUGGGACUUCUGGAGCCUGCGGCCUGAGUCGCUCCACCAGGUGUCUUUCCUGUUCAGCGACCGCGGUAUACCGGACGGACACCGACACAUGAACGGCUACGGCUCCCAUACCUUUAAGCUGAUCAACUCGGAGGGUCACCCCGUCUACUGCAAGUUCCAUUAUAAGACCAACCAAGGCAUUAAGAACCUGCGAGUGGAAGAUGCGGAUCGCCUGGCCUCCACCAACCCAGACUACGCCAUCGGGGACCUGUAUAAUGCCAUUGCCAACGGCAACUUCCCCUCUUGGACUUUCUACAUCCAGGUCAUGACCUUCGAGCAGGCAGAGAAGUUCCCGUGGAAUCCCUUUGACUUGACCAAGAUCUGGCCCCACAAGGACUACCCACUCAUUCCAGUGGGUAAAAUGGUGCUGAACCGCAACCCGGUCAACUACUUUGCCGAGGUGGAGCAACUGGCUUUUGAUCCCAGCAACAUGCCGCCGGGCAUUGAGCCCAGUCCUGACAAGAUGCUGCAGGGCCGUCUGUUCUCGUACCCGGACACCCACCGCCAUCGCCUUGGCGCCAACUACCUGCAGCUGCCGGUGAACUGUCCCUUCAGGACCCGGGUGGCCAACUACCAGAGAGAUGGGCCCAUGUGCAUGUCUGACAACCAGGGUGGGACCCCCAACUACUACCCCAACAGCUUCAGUGCCCCAGAGGCCCAGAGCUGCUUCCUGGAGACCAAGUUCAAGGUGUCCCCAGAUGUGGGGCGCUACAACAGUGCAGAUGACGACAAUGUUACCCAGGUGCGUAACUUCUACACCCAGGUGCUGAACGAGGAGGAGCGCCAGCGGCUGUGUGAGAAUCUGGCCGGACACCUGAAGGGAGCUCAGCUCUUCAUCCAGAAGCGAAUGGUGCAGAACCUCAUGGCUGUUCACCCAGACUAUGGUAAUCGAGUCCAGGCUCUUCUGAAGAAGUUCAAUGCUGAAGCCAAAAAGGAUGCCAUACAUGUGUACACCAAGGGUGGUGCUUCAGCUGUGGCUGCUUCAUCCAAGAUGUGAAGCCCUGCCAUUCCAGAGCCUUGUUCCACCCUGCUGGACUCGAACCCCUUUCCAUCUGAAACAAUGGGCUAACUAAUUAGAGCAGACUAAUCUCUGAUGCAUAUCAUUAGCAUCCAGGACUCAAAGCUAUUAAUAAAGAAUGCGGAUUUCUAUGGUUUUCUCUAAGCUACUCUCAAUGGGACUGUCAAUACUGGGACUAGUGUGGGGUUUUUUUUUUUUUUUUUUUUUUUUUUUCCUCUUUUUCUUCCCCUCCUUCCUCUCUCCCCUCAUAUUUGCCAAAGUAACUUCUAGGCAGCAAGAAGACUGAAGAAUGUAACCCAACUGCCCCUCCCUCCCCGCUGUUGGGCAAAGGUGGCUAUUAGCACCCCCAUUCCUGUCUGGAUUAAUUCCAGUGACCACCUCACCAUGGUCCUGCCAUUUGUCCAGUGGCACUUACUGACAGCCCAUUUGAGUGUGUCACUUAUUGAUGGUUUUUUUUUUUUUAUAAAUAUCUUCU